UUAAAUCUUGAAUUUUUUUGUAGAAUUAUCAAAAUGAGUCAGUUUUUUACUAAUUCCGAGAAAAAUGAAAUCAUAGUUUUCAGCCAUGAGUUUAAAUUAGAAUUAGGUGAAUCUGUUGGAGUUGAUUGGAGAACUCUUGGGCGUUGGUUAAAUAUUGAAGAAAACUAUUUAGACAAAAUUGAUCAAAAUAAUGUUAAAACUAAUGUGAAAAUGUAUUCAAUGUUAACUAAAUGGGAACAGAUUAAUGAAAAUCCAACACUUGAGGAGUUAAAAUCAGCUUUAAGGAAAAUGGAGCGAAUGGAUCUAAUAGGAAAAAUUGAUGAGUUAACAAUGUUGAAAAAUAAAUUGAAUUCUGAUGAAUUAAUUUCGAAAUGUUGCGGUGAAAUAAGCUAUAAAAUUGGAAGUGAUUGGUCUCGAUGGGGAAGGCACCUAGGUUUAGGUGAUGCAGACCUUGACAACAUUAAUUCUGAUCAUACAAAAUGUUUUGAUAAAGCUGAAAAUGUUUUAAAAAAAUGGAAACAAAUAAAUGGAUAUCUUUCAUGGGAUCAGUUAAAAAAAGAGUUAAUAGCUUUUAACCGUAAUGAUAUAAUAGUUGAAAUUGAGGAGAAAUUCAAAGAUCACUUACCUAGUCUAAAUAAAUUAAGGAAGAAGAAGAAGAAGAAGAAAAACAAAAAGCAAAACAAAAGAAACGAAACUUUGAAUUUUGAUUUGUCUGAGCAAUUGAAAAUUAAAUUAAAAAAUGAAAAUGUGGUUCAAAGCUCAGUGGCUUCAAAUUUUAUUGCUAGAGUUGGCUAUUUGAUUAGCGAUAGAUAUAAUCUUUUUGGACGUCAUCUUGGUUUAAACGACUAUGAUCUUAGGAACAUUAAUCAUGACCAUGCAUCAGCUCAAGCAAAAGCGGUAGCUGUUAUUGAUAAGUGGAUUGAGUCUAAUGGGAAACAGUCAUGGGUACAGUUAAAAGAAAAGUUGAUAACUUUUUAAUGUCAAGGAAUAGUUCAAAUUAUUGAGGAAGAGUUUCCAUCAGAGACUACAAGUUUACCAGGAAUAUCUUCCGGAUUUUCUGCCAAUAAAGAGACUUCAAAUUCAACAGAAAUAUCUUGCGGAUUUUCUGCCAAUAAAGAUUUGUCAAGGUUGUCUGCUGAACUCAAAAAAUAUUAUCUUAAAUAUUAUGAAGAAAUUAGUGAACUUCAAACACCACUAAAAACAUCCAAAAAUCUUGAUCUAAAACAUAAGUUUGUUGAUCUAUGUAUUGUUGAUGCAGCCAAAACUCAAAUGGCUGCUUUUUUUAGUGUUGAAAGAAAGGAAUUUCUUAAAAAGCAAAUGAGUUAUACACCAAUUCCAUACAGUAAAAUAUUUAUGCAAGAAAAAUCCGUAAUAUUAAUAUCUGGAAUAGCUGGUAUUUGGAAGACAUGGUUGCUUAGAAAAUGUUUGCUUGAUUGGUCAAAUGAUUUAAUUUGGAAAAAUGUUGAACUUGUUUUUUAUUAAGAAUGCAGGAGGAUUAAUCAAUAUGAAAAUAUUUCUAAUAUUAAUGAUUUGCUAAGCGUUUUUUUCAAAGAUAUUAUAAGUAACUUCAAUAUUAGACAACAUACAACACUGUUUAUUAUUGAUGGGUUAGAUGAGUUUAAGUUUUUUAAUGAGUUAUCAAAUCCGGAAUUAAAGUGUAACUAUCCAAUUGUUAAUGUUUUAACAGAAAUUCAAAAUUAUAAACAUUUAGUUGCUGGUAGAGUUUAUGCAAUAGAUCAAUAUCAAAGUUUAUAUACAGAUCGUAGUGAUAAGUUAACUAUUCAAAUAAUGGGGUUUAACGAUAAUGGAAUAACAAAUUAUGUAGAAAAUUAUGUUAUAGAAGAAAAUAAAGAAAUUGUAAAAGCAACUUUAAAGGAAUCUCCGAUUGCAAAAGCUAUGGCAUCAGUUCCUUUUUACUUAUCUUCCAUGUGUAAAAUUAUAAGUGAUUUAAAAACAAUAAACAAAAAUUCUUUCUUAACAAUGACAGAUCUGUAUGCAAAUAUUGGAAAACGAUUCUAAUAAAAAAUAUAUUUUAAAUAUUUGUAAAAUUGCAUUGAACUACUUGUUGAAAAUAAAAUAAUUUUUUCCAAAGAAGAGUUUCAAACUUUUGUUAGUGACUUCGAUAAAAAUGAAGGUAAUUUUAUUGGAUUUAUAGAAAAGAUUGAAACAGACCUGGGUUGUUAUUAUCAGUUUGCUCACUUGACAUUAAUGGAGUUUUGUGCAUCUGUAUAUGCAUAUAAUUGUUUAAGUAGUGAAGAAAUUGUGACUAAUAAAAAGCUGAAAAGUUGUUUAUCAAUGAUUUGUGGAUUAUCUAAUGCUAGUCAAAAUAGUUUAUUAAAGUUUCUUGUUGACCUGAUUCCUUUGAAAAGGUCCCAUGAAAAAUCUAUCUAUUUGUAUUCUAUUUUGGAUCGUCUAUCUAAAGGUUAUUCUGAUGAUUUUUAUUUUUUCUACGAAUGUUUUUAUGAAAGUCAAUCGUCAUUCAUUGAUGAAAUAAAAUCAAUUGUAAUCUCUGUUUAAAU